AUGCCUAAAUCUAUAGCCUUGACAAUCUCUAAAUUACAAAUUUGUACCAUUCAAAAUCUCCUGGUCUUUAAUCAACCACUUAAAUUAACAUGGGACAAGCUUCACACAUAUAGAGGAAUGACCAAUAUUCUGGAUAUAACUAUCGAACAACAAUUUAAACUUCAUAAGAGUCAGGAAAAAUGCUAUCCAUACAGAUCCAGUUAG